AUGCAUUUUUUGGGGCAUGUGCUGGAUUUGCUGGAUGCAAAGAUAGUGAUGGCUUUGGAGGAGAAGGAUGAGCUGAUGGUGGUUCCACUGGAGGGCCUAGUCAUGGCAGUGGCUUUGGCAUUGGAGGAAUUGGUCAUCGUGGUGGCAACAGUUUUAGUAGCGGUUUUGGUGAUGGAUAAGGACAUGGUUAGGGUAGUGGAUAUGGUGGAGAUAAGAGUUUUGUCUAAGACAAUGAUGAAAGGAAUUGGUGGUAGAACUGGCAUGAGGAGCGAUCCUAGCAAAGAUUUUAGUGGCAAUACUAACAUUGGAUUAGGUUUCCGUAUGCGCAUCGGAUUCGGGUUUCGCAUGGAAGCCAAUGGCAACCGUAAUGGAGGCAACAGUGGUGAAGCAGAUAGUACAGUGGAUUUAUUACAUAAUACGGAAAUCCCUUCAUCUGACCCGAGGGAACCAUCUAAGGUAAGCGUCAUUGCUGCAUUUGCUUCCCCAUUCAAGGGCUUAGACCACUUACAAUUGCAUGGGGAACAACUUCCCAUCAAAAUCGAGAACAAACAAUCAACCCUAGUAGUUAAGUCAAACCAGUUCUCGCGUCCUUGUGCCCAAAAGGGUGGGCGAGUUCGGCUUGAUAGUUCAUCAAUCAGCGAGAUCUAA